CAACAUUUGACGGCCAUAAUAAGUAAAAUGGCGAACCCAAGAAAAUUUAGUGAGAAGAUCGCCCUACAUAAUCAAAAGCAGGCUGAAGAAACGGCUGCUUUUGAGGCCAUAAUGCGAGAUGUUGCUGGGGCUACGCGGCAGCCCGGUAUGCACAAAGUCUACCCAAAUAACACACUCCAGCUGCAGAAUCUUGGUGCAUAUAGAGGGGGGUCGCUACCAAACGUCAAUCAGAUGGCUAACAACUCAAUUGAUCUACGGAGUGCACUACAUAAUUUAGAAGACAUGAAGCAAGGAAGACCGCAUCCAGCUGAAAGAUUCAGUCGUGAUAGAGCAAGACAAAUGCCAGGAAAUCGUAGACCAUUCCCAAACAGGGGUGAUUAUUCUCCAUAUGGGUCUGCAUAUUUACUUCCACCGCCUGACACCAGCUGGCGCCGAGUUGCAAGUGACUCUGAUAUUCCAAACAGUGCCAUGGGUCACCACAAACAUCACCUCCAGGGAGGUGCCACUCCACCCACGCAUAGACGCAUGAAUGAAAUGCAUGGUGCACUCGGAAAUGAUGAAAGAUUAUGGGAUCCUAAAAAACAACAGUUAAUUCAGCAGUCGUCAUCACGGCCGAAAUCUUGUGAAGUCCCUGGUAUCAAUAUCUACCCUACAACAGAACAGGACAACGGAACACAUAUUCCUAUAUCAAACAACACUGGUUCUCUGCCUGAUUUAACAAACCUUCACUUCCCACCCCCUCUAACCACCCCCCUGGAUGCUGAGGACCAGCAGUAUGCCCCAGUAGGAAGCCCCCAGAAUUUAUCACCCACGGCAGCGCAUCAUAUAAGUUUGGCACAGCGCCAACAUCAACAACAACAACAACAGCAACAAAGUCCUGGAACAAGACGUCGUCAGACUAGUACAGGACCAAGUAGUCCUUUAGUAAUAGAUCUUAGUCAACAGUCAAUGGCAAGCCCCCCAGGCCAACCUAUGAACAGCCCAACACAGAUAGGCCAACCUAUGAACAGCCCAACACAGAUAGGCCGGCCAAUGCAGGCUCCUGACAACGGCCAACUCACGCCAAAAGUUAUCAUGUACCAAAUGCUCCAACA